ACUGGUACUUUUUUUGACAUUUUGUUGUCCACAGCCUGAGAGUAUUGACCUGUGUCUUGAACCAUCGUGUUCCAGGAUGAUUUUCAUAAUGGAGGGUCAGAUUCUGAUGAUCCUGGUUAUUAUGCCGGGUGUUUGGAGUGGAUACUGGAGUGUGAUCUUUGAAAGUCAGUGUGCUUUGAAAGGGACAUCAGUAGUUAUAAAGUGCAGCUAUGACUACCCUUCCGAUCAUACUGUCACGUCACGUUGGUGGUCUAAAGCCCAGUAUAUUUUUGGGGCGUGGAGUCUGGUUCCCCUGUCUAGACUCCAUACACCCCCAGACUUCAGAUAUGUGGGCGACGACCAUGGUAACUGUGAUCUGGAAAUCAACAAUGUACGACACGCUGAUGAAGGAGCGUACUUUUUUAGUUUUGUUACAACACGCAACAGGUGGACAAGUAGAAACUUUGCUGAAUUGUCUGUAAAAGAGUUAACCGCUGUUGUACAGCCGAGCACUGUGACAGAGGGAGACCACGUCAGCCUGAGCUGUGUGUCAGGUUGCUCCACACCUACAACCAUUGUCUGGUUUAGAGAUGGACAACUUGUACCAAAACCAGUCUUCCGGGCCAGAAGAGAGGAUGCUGGGAGGUAUUACUGCGCCGUCCUGAGACAAGAGACAGUCACAUCCAACCUGGUGGCUCUGAAUGUUCAAUACCGUCCGACAAACUUAUCAGUUUCAAUAGAUCCACCACAGGUUGCCCAGAGCAGCGGUGUGAAUCUGACCUGCAGCAGUGUGGCAAACCCUGCAGCAGUCAACUACACCUGGUACAAGAAGACAGAUUAUUCCAGCUCCAUGCUGCAGGUGGGCUCAGGACAGGUGCUGACUCUACUCUCUGUGGAGGCGUCCCACACUGGACUCUACCUCUGCCAGGCCAGGAACAGUGUGGGGGAGAACAACUCGACAGAGGUGCUGCUGACCAUGACGAGCGAGGAGCAAGGCAGCCGGCUCCUCCCAGUCUUAGCUGGAGUUGGAGCCUUUGUUUGGGUGGCACUUGUGAUAGCUGUUCUUUUGUUCUGGAGGAAACGGAGAACCUGUGCAGAGGAAAAGCAGACUGCAUUAGACUCCAGGCUCAGUGGAAGAGGCUCAAGCUCAUCAGCCAAUGAAGAUCAGUCUGACACAGUUUAUGCCAACAUCCACACAUUUCCAUCCCCUCCUCCACUUGUUCCCGCCGCUCCGGACAUCGCUUCUCAUUCACAGAGGAGCUCACGCUGUGAACAUGAUGUCCCCACUUCUUAUGAAGCUGAAGUUACCUACUCAGCAGUGACCAUCAAACCCCGAAACCAGAGUCUCCGCCAUCACACAAACAACAGCAGAGCUCCACGAGACUCCUGGUCCAAAGCAGGAGAGAGCAACGACUCUGUGAUCUACGCUACUGUGGCUAAAUCCAGCUGAUCCACAUCUUAGUGCGACAGUCUUAAAACAAGCCAGUGUUUGUCAAAGGGAUGAAAAUGUCUUUUUGUAUACUAUACUAUAUAUUUAUGAUUUAUUUAUAUUAGUGUUUUUGUGUUUUGAUUUAUAAUUUUUUUAUACUUUGCAAAAUAAUACUUAUUGUCGGCUAAUGUAUAUUUUUGAUAAACCAAAGCGAAAGUAAAAAAUCCUGAACAUCAAAUUUCGGACUUUAUACCUUUGUAUUGUGUUUGGGAUACUGUAUACUACAGUGUAACAGUGCACAGAAAAUCUAUAAAGAAUAACUGUGAUAUUGGGGCAAGUUGUUUUUAAUUAAGGCUUUAUUUCAAUACAAUACUCAAUGCAACAAUUUACAUUUUACAAUACUUAUUUCUCUUGUACACAUAAUUCCUAUAGAUGUACAAACUGUACAUUCAUUUUGUUUCAAAGGGGGAGAUGGUGGUGGAUAGUGUGAGCCUUUAUAAAUGCAUUUGCGUAAAUCUUACAGCUUUUGGCUGGUUUCUAUGUCGGACUUUACAUAACAUUCUCCUUAGUCAAGAACUAAAGAUCGGUGCUAGAAAGGGUUCAAAUUCAUUUUGAAUAAAGUUAUUAAUGCUCACAUCCCGUUCUUUAUUCAGGCCUCAAGCAGGACACAGAUUCAGUGAUAGCUACAGGUCCUCACAGGUAAGUCUUUGUAAUAUGUAGUGAAAGAUAUAUUGUACGAGAACAUGAUUUAUGUUGUUAUUGCACUCUUGGUGUUAAGAUCUGUGGAUCAUCUGUAACAUGUCUGACAUAAACAUCUACAUAAAGAAGACAACGACUAAUAUUUACAAAACAAAACAAAAUACUGAUUUGAAUAUGAAUCAUCUUCACCAGUCCAUUUUUAACAUGGGAAUUUAGUAAAGACAGAUCAGGUAUAAAUGAUUAUUCAUGAUAAAGUCAGGCUACAUAUAAAAACACAUGGCGUGUAUAACAGGUAAGAGUUUAAUUACAACAUGAGAGUUUGUUCUGUCCUGUAAUGUUUCAAAAUAAAGCUGAUUGAGAAUCACUCAUGUGUUACUGACAUCCUACAUCUGUGUCUGCCUGUUGGUGUGUGUUGCACAAUAUUAAAGUACUGAAUGUGCCAAGGUUGCACAAGAUCUUUACUGAUCUUCAUUACAAAUCAUCGGUGCAGUCUGCACUCACUGUGGCAGGAAGUCCAGGUCUGAAGAAAGUGACUCAAGUAGAUAAAAUCUCUAGAUAAAGAAUUUAAGUCUGAUUGUAUGAAUCCUUGUAAUUACAUCUGGAACACUGAAUAUGAACCUGAGCCUUUACAAGUCUUGAUUCACUUUGCAUACAUUAAACUUGUUUUUUUUUUCAGUUCACAGCUGGUAACACUGCAGAAGUAUGCAGCUAUAAAAUAGAAGAAAAACAAUCUCAUUAUAUU